UGCGCAGCUACUCAUGUCUGGUUGUUUACACUCUCUCUGGCCAAACAUGGCCGUUGACAUACUCACUCGUAGAAGUUGGUCUUCGUGAACUCUUUAAAAUGCGCAAAUCUUAAAUUACAAACAAACUACUACGCAGUUACCAAUUCAAUUGUUUUUUCCCUCGCUGUUGUUUUAUUUAUUUUUUUAAUCUUAAAUUCCUGUGGUCCGUUAGCCACUCAAGCUAGGUAGCGAGCUAACUUCUCCAUAGGGAACAAUGACAGCGACUUCUGCAGGUAGCGCCAGCUGUCUCACCGCUAAAGGACUGGACAUAAGCCUGGCUGCUCUGCAGCGACAAGACCCAUACAUCAAUAACAUUGUGGACGUGGCCAGUCAAGUUGCCCUGUAUACUUAUAACAACAGGACAAAUGAGUGGGAGAAGACCGAGGUUGAAGGCACGCUAUUUAUCUACACAAGACUGGCAUCUCCCAGGCAUGGUUUCACCAUUAUGAACCGACUCAGCAUGGAGAACCUGACGGAGCCAAUCACCAAAGACUUGGACUUUCAGCUCCAGCACCCCUUCCUGCUUUACCGCAAUGCACGAUUUGUUAUCCACGGCAUUUGGUUCUACGACAAGGAGGACUGUCGACGCGUUGCGCAGAGGAUGAAGACUUUGACCCAGCAGGAGCAGACCCUGGCUCAGUCGCAGGGUGGAUGGUUGUCCCCAGGAGGAAGGGGAGGAGUCGUUGGAGGAGGAGGACGAGGAGAGGUUGGGGGAGCACUUGCAGGAAUAGGAGGAGGAGGAGGUGGCGGUGGCGGUGGCGGCGGCGGCGCGGGAAGUCAGGCGAAUGCGGUGGACAUAAUCCAGAUGUUGACCAAGGCGCGCACCGAGUAUGACAAGUCUGCGUCAGAACCAAAGGAGAUCGGAGGCAGCAGCGUUCUUCAUGGAAACCCCAACCUGAUCAAACCGAUACCUGUUAAACCGAACAAGCAGGACAGUGACACUCAGCCCAAGCCUCUCUCUCUGGCCACUCUUUUUGGCUCUCAACACUCACCCAAACCCGAAACGGUCCCUCCCAUGGCCGCCCCCGAGACGGGGACGUCGGUGGAGCGAGUGGCGCGCCCGCCCGUGGCCCGCUCCCUGAAAUACGGCGACGCGGUGAACUCCAGCAGGGGCGCGGCCUCCGAGGGAGGCGCCGCGGUCAGCCGUCCAGACGCGGCGCCGAGGGCUACGGUUGGAGGACAAACAGUCGGGCAGCACGGCGGGAACGCCGUCGGGGGCUCGCUGCCGAGUCCCACUGGCGCCCGUCAGCAGCAGCAGCAUCCUCCCCAGCACUGCCCGGCCAUCCAGAAACUCAUGCAGGGACAGGGAGCGGUCGCGGUGGUCGGAGGUGGUCUUCAGACCCUGUCCGAGUCCCCCGAGAACCGGCUGUGUGACAACGGGGUGCCGCUGGAGCUUCACCACCAUCAUCACCACCUGUACCAUCAUCAUCACCAGCAGCACCACCUUCAUCAUCAACAGCAGCUGCAGCAGCUGCAACAACAGCAGCAGCAGCAGCAGCAGCUCCAUGCUGACCCAAUCAUGAGACUUUUCCAAACCCAGCCCACGCCGCCCUCCACCAACCUUCCCGCUUUGCAGCAGAGCCCCCAUCGGUCCUCGCAGACCCUGCUGGUGGAUUCGGUCUCCUGUUCACACCUCCAAGCGCAACAAAGCCAGCAGCUGUUUUUCAACCUAGCUAAAUCUCAGACGGAGGCACAGGGCAACAGCCGGUCCGCUUCAACUAUACAGGGGCCAGGUUUGCUUCUAUCUCAGGUGACCGCCGACCAAGUCCUUCAAUCUUUACAAGGUCCGUCUUCCCAGAUGCCGGGUGUGGUGUCGCCCCAUGAGCUCCUGCAGAAGCUCCAUGUGGUCCAGCAGGAGCAAAGCCUGACUCCCCACGAUCCCCCGCGACUCUGUCCGGGACUGGCCCCUCGGUUCUUUGGGCCCACUCAAAGUCAAGGGCCGGUCUCUAACCAGACCACGGCCACCGCGGGGCAAAAGGCAGCGCUGCAGUUUCAGGUCAUCUCCCCCCAGCGGAUACCAGCCACUGUGGCCCCCAACCUGCUCCUCUCCCCUAGUGUGUUCACUCAGGCAAAGUCCGGCGGCGGGUUUUCAGCUGUUGCCCAAGAGAGCUGCGCUGGCCCCUCGACCAAGUCCCAACCCCCGCUGCAGGAGGAGGUCAGGGUCCUGUCCAGAAGCCAGAUUCAAGCCACACUGCUGCACAUGAUCCAGACUGACAGCUCAUUCCUGGACACCAUCUACGAAACCUACGUCAGCCGCUUUGCUAAUGACUCCAGCAGCAAGUACUGAUGACGCUUCACACCUUGUGUCUACACAUAUACUCCCUGUCCAGAGUAGUGGGGCUCAUUCUUCUACAUCUAACAUGGAUCUAGCUCUUCCAAUCUCUCUCACACACACACACACACACACGCGCAGUUACUGUAUCUCCUCUGCACUGAAGAGCCAGUGAACCUUUAGAACCAAGUCGAUUGCAACAACAAAAAAUAAGCAGUUCAAAAAUGACUUGUGUCAGUGUGUGUUUCCAUUAAAAAAAAAAAACAUUACUUUUUACAUUGAAUUUUAUUUUUAUUUGGGUUUUUUGUAAUUCAAAAAUGAAUUUUGAAACAGUAGUGCUAAAAGACGCACUCAAACUGACUUGAAACUGGCUCCACUUGUGAAAUUGAAUGUAAAACAUUUUUUAGUUCUCUGUAUAUUUGCAAACGUAAAUAUGUUUAUUUGUUAACCAAAUUUGUUGGGUUUUAAUUUACAAUUCUUUUAAAUGAAGUUCAUACUAAUUUACUUUUACUAUCCAAAUUAUUUUAAUGUUAUUAAAAUGGAAACUUGUUGUUUUUAAUUAUUUACAUUCACUCUAGCUGGGAUGAAUAUCUGUAUUUUGUAUUUUUAGUUACUGUUGAUAAAUUGUCAAACUAACUCAAAGUAGCAGGGAAAGUAGAGGAGACUGUUAACUUGCCCUACCUCACAGGGACCUAGUUUUUAUUCUGGCAAAUGUCACUUCUCUGAUUUUUAUUUCAGUUUAACAUGAACAAACAAAAACAUUGACAAUCUUUUAACACACUGAAACAUCACCCCAGUUGUAUCACAGGAAGUCCCCUCAGCAAUAAUACAACUUUAAUUCAUCAAACAGGCCUGUCAAAUAAACUGUAUUGUACUGGAUGUACUGGAUUUAAAGCCAUAAAAAGCAGCAGAGAAUAUAUUUAGAUGUAUCCAGUGAUACUUGUUUUCAGUUCACAGGCCUGUACAAAGCUAAUUUAGAAGAAGGUAUGUUAGAAAAUGCACUUCCAAAAUACUGUACUGUCACCCUGAAGUCAAUACAGAUGUCACAGUUUGCUGUUUGCUCACAGCGCCUGUGAACUUGUAUACAGCAGCCACCAGAGUUCACAAAAAACAGCAACAACAGACAAAAGAAUACAUUUGAGAGCAACAAAUAGAAUAUUUUGUUUCCUAUUUUUGUACUCGAGCGAAUUCAGCAAAACGUAUUGUCAAUGUACAAAUAACCAGCAUGUUACAUUAUUAAAUAAAUGUAAAACUAACGUAGAAGUACAAAUCCAUUCUUAUACAACAUAUCUAGUUAUUGUCUGUUGCUGUUUUUAUUCAUCCAUAAAGUAUUUUUUUCUUUUUUUUUUGUAAUUUGAAACAUUGUGAGACAUCGGAAUGCAGGUGAACAUUUGUAAAAUGUUUUAUGUCUUUUUGUCCGAAAUGUUUUGCUCUUGCAUAAACUGGAAUAUAUUUUAAUCGGAUAUUAAAUGUUCUCAAACUUA